AUGUCCGGAACCACUCCACCAUCACUUUACCAUCAUAUGCCGUCCCAAAGUGGAAACUCAUCAUUCGCCAUGACUGAGUAUGACCACCAUACUCCGCGUGGAUCUGAACGGAGUCCUCCCACUCCAGCUACAACUCCCGAGGCUGAACGGACUCUUUCCACCACGACCACUGUCGUGGCCGAAUCAACUCCCUCCACAACGCCCACUUUCGUGUCGGAAGAGAGUCUCCCGUCUACACCUGACACUCCCAUAGAUGAGACACCCAAGGAACCAUGUUUGCCUAUUGGUCGUGCUCGCCGCUUGGUGCAAGACCGUCUCGCCCAAGGAUUCGAUCGGUCAGAACUCUUGAUCGAGCAACUGAUCCUUAGAGAGAAGGCAAAGGUUCGACAAAUUCCAGGGCACGACGAUCGCGACGGACCGUUGAGUGACAUCUGGAGACAUGCACCCGAUGUGCAGUCGCCGGAGUUUCACUUUUACACAGCCAUCAUUUUCAGGCUUGAACAGAAUCCGGUCCUCUCCACCACCCGCAAGGGAACACCAUCACAGCUCCCAACGUCGACCGGCCGCACUAACAAUGAUCAAAGAGCGCGCUGCGUUAUGUUUUAG